CUCUCUAAUUUUCAGGUGGUGUAGGAACAAUGGAAGCUCAAGAGGAAGUCACCAGCAACAACAUCGUUAAGGGCAAGCGAACCAAACGACAAAGGGUUCAAUCGCCAAUCCCUUUUGCUAAUCUAACCUCUAAUUCCUUGAGCGGAGAUGGUGGUGGUGUUGAUGGUGAUGGAGAUGGAGAUGUUUGUGUUAAUGGAAAGAUUUGUGCAAACGUGUCACCAACGACUUCUCAAGAAUUCCAAGAUAGCACCCAAGAGGAAGAAGACAUGGCUAAUUGCCUUAUUCUCCUUGCUCAAGGCCAUAUCAAUAAUACUUUCAAAGAUUCGUCACCAAAGCAAGACGAUAAUUAUGCUGCCGGAGUUUACAACCCGGCCGUCACUGCUAUUGCUGCCACCACCACCAACAACAAAUUCAAUAGUAGAAAAUUCUUGGAAACUGGCUCUCCGGGUUCUGGCAAGGUCGGAUACUAUGUUUAUGAGUGCAAGACUUGUAACCGAGCAUUCCCAUCUUUUCAAGCAUUGGGUGGGCAUAGGGCAAGUCACAAGAAGCCUAAGAACGAUGAAAAGAAGCAGUUUGCUAUAUCUUCUGAUGAAGAAGAUGGACACUUCAGGGAUGUUUCUUCUCUUUCUCUUCAAUUGAGUAAUAAUAAUAACAAUAGAGGUAUGUAUAGCAGCAGCAAUCAAAACAAAACCAAGAUUCAUGAGUGUUCCGUUUGUGGGGCUGAGUUCACAUCCGGCCAAGCCUUGGGCGGCCAUAUGAGGCGGCAUCGGACACCAAUAGGGGCUAAUACUCGCACAACCUUGUCAUUAGCACCAAUGGCUAAAGAAUCAGAGGAACCCAAGAAAGCAAGAAACCUACUUUCCUUGGAUUUGGAUCUCAAUCUUCCAGCCCCAGAAAAUGAAAUACUCUCCUUUGCUUCCAAGGAACAAAAGCAACAGCAGCAACAACAACAACAACAACCAGAACAGCAACAGAAACCAUCUCUUGUCUUCUCUGGCCCUGCUUUAGUGGAUUGUCAAUACUAA